CCUUCUUCUUCUUCUUCUCGUCCUUCUUUUUCUUCUUCUUCUUCUCACUCCUGCCAGUCGAGGCAGAUGGCCGCCCAGCCUGAACCCGGUGCUGAUGGAGGUUUCCUGUUCAGCUGCUCCUGGUGGGGCAGAGUUUCGCCCAUAACUGAGCGCAGUGUGGGAACACCUCCUCCGCCUCGGGACGGGACGGGACGGAGUUGCACUCGGGACACCGUCAACUCUGCUGAAAGGCGCCCACGCACGGCCACGCACGGCCACGCUCGGACUGUAACGCCCGGUUGCUGCUCCGCGUCGAGUCAUGGCUCCGUUUGGAAAAGGGUUCCUCAAAGCGCGACUGAAAAACAGGACAAAGGAUGCACAGCCUGUGGCAGGAAAGGAGAUCCAGGUCACUGUCUGCAAUGAGGAGAAAGUUGUUUGUGGAGUAACGAAGCACACAACGUGUGCAGAUAUGAUUCAGGCCUUACUGGAGGACCACAGGUCAGUGCCGGAGAGCAAGCGGCUCCUGCAUGGGGAGCCCAAGGACUUCUGCCUCGUCGAGCGGUGGAAGGGUUUUGAGAGAGCACUGCCUCCUCUCACCAGAAUCCUCAGGCUGUGGUAUGCGUGGGGCGACCAGAGACCCUUUAUCCAGUUUAUUCUUGUAAAAACCAGUGAUGUUGUGCCUCAAACAACCAAAAAGGCUGCAAAGUCAAAAGGGGCCAGGCCAAAGCGAUGGGAGCACGGCUACUCCCAGUAUCCACAGUCGCUCCCAGUAGAGAAGCAGAAGCGCAUCGUGAAGAAAGCUUUCCGUAAGCUGGAGAAGCUUCACAAGGAGAGCCAACUCUGCCCCGGGGCCGAGGAGGUCGACCGGAUGGUGAAGCUCAUCCUCCACCAGGAUCACACCAUCCGAGAGCAGAUCCAGCGCAUGAGGGAGAUGGACUUUGAGAUUGAACGCUUUGAGCUGCAAAUGCAAAGAGAAGCAGAGUCGGGCGGUUUGCCGGGUCAGGCCUGUGGUCCGAGUUUAGACGAAGAGCAGCUGCAGGAAUAUCUGCUCACCAGCAGCGGAGUUCAGCAGCUGGAGCUGCAGGUUCUGAUGCACCAGGAGCUCAUCCUGCAGCUGUCCCGAGACAUCGACGCAGAGCUGAGGAGGGCGGUCGCGUCUCCAAGCCCGGGUCCGGACAGCGAACAGGAAGGAGCAGCGGCCGCGAGCUGGGCCGCCUCCGAGGCCGACGAGUCCUUCUGCUCUGCUGAACUGGAGAAGCUGCAGGACGAAUUGAAAAGCAGCCUGUUCACCGGCGUGUCCCUUCACACCCAGGCAGCAGAAGUCGACAAGCAGCUGAAGUACUAUGACAACACACUUGUCUCCCUGGACCAGGAGGUCUGGGACCUGGCUGCAGAGCUGGGCUCUCUGCAGGUGGAGGAGAGUCCAGAGGAGGUGCCCGGUCCGGCCGUGCAGAGCGAGACAACGAGCGCCUCCCAGAAGACGGCGCCUUCAGACGUCACGGACACAGACUCAGACACCGGCAUUAGCUCCACACACAGCCAGGACUCCCUGUCGCCAUGCCUGGACUUCCCUCCCCCGCUGGACACAGACGUCUGAGCGAGUCCGCUGACCCCGGGCUGGAUGGUGCCGUAUUCAUCCAACCGGCGCCUCUCGGGUCGCUUCUGUCACUGACUUAAGGGUCUGUCUGAAAAAUGAGUCGCUGGAAAGGCUUCAUGAACAAAGGAAGUCUUUUGACAGCAGCUGAUGAUUAGUGGCCGAGUGCAAGCGGUCGAGUUCUGCCUGUUGGCUGAGCUGAGAACAUCACCUUGGGCUGUGAGCAGUUCACCGUCGUCACCGCUGGUAACUGGACAUUAAAGCCGUUAAAGAAGCAAAGACUGUUUCCUGUGAUGUUUGCUGGCUUUAGUUGCUAGAGCUGAUGAAUGUAAGUUCUCAAGCUAUUUAUGAAUCUGCACUUCUUGUACACACUCAAGCCUAGACAGUGUUUUAUAUUAAAACAAGCUGGUUUAGAUGUAGAAUGUGUCCUAACGUUCUCUGUCCAAUGCUGUAAAUACUACUGUACCUGCUGUAAACUUUAACUGGAGAGAAACAAAGUAUUUAUCAUGUAAUUAUAUUUUUCAGCUGAGAUUUUAUUAUGACUGUUUCCUCUCUGAGGCAAAACAACCACUGUCUGCACAAACCCUGCUUCAAAACAAGUAUGAUUCUAAAGUUUUAUAAUAAAUACUAAUACAGCC